AUGGGCAGGAAUACUCAGACAUUGCUUCAUAGACUUUGUGAGCUGUUUCUUUUCGCCUUGGUUUUGAAAUGCUAUGGAAAAACGUCUGACAACGACCUUGCUCUCGUGAGAUAUCGAGGCAGAGUGCUGAAGAUUUGUUCGGGAAAAAGCGUAGGAGGAGCUUUGACCGUGAUUUCGGGCAAUAAUUUACUCACGACCGAAAUCAACGCUGGACUGGAAAAUCCAGGCUCGCACAUGUACAUAGGGGAUUCACGUUUGAGAGGUAGAAGACAUUGUGGCAACGGAAUUCUGCAAUUUCUUGAGUUCAACAAGUCAAAGAAUUCGUUCAAUGCUCUCGCAGCAGAUGAUGUUCCGUCAAUUGUGAAGCAUUCAUCCUUCGUCGUCUCUGUUACCGAUCCGAGAAAGUCCAAUAUUCUGUUGAAGGGCACCUUUCAGCAUGACCUGAAUGUGACAGGACAGACUGGACAUGCAGCCUCAACUCAGGUGUAUGCAGGCAGCGUCAACCAACUGGAGCAGCAAUAUGCUCCCCAUCACAAGAUGAUUCAGGAGUUUAUGCAGAAAUAUCCAGCAAAGAAGCUCCGCAUUUGA